AGAAUACGUAAAGAUCCACUGAACUGAAGCUAAGACGUUCUCUUCCUCCACAAAGAGGUUACUAGUAAACAUGAAAGCUUCGCCACUUGCUUCCGGCUACGAUUUUACUCGUGGAGAUUACGUAGCCUGCGGUGCAAGGUCAGCUGUGGAUAAAAUUAAUCCACUGAGUCUACCGCUUUACGCAAUGACAAGGAAUCGACUUACUGCAAAUACCACACAUGUAUCCAACAAUGAUAAACGCAAGAAGCAGGUGGUGAUUAUGCCGAAUAAAUUAGAAAUAAACGACGCCAUUGCACACGUUAGGAGGCGACUUAAACGACUGCCGAUACAAAUGGAUGAAAGGGCCCUGUUGCAAAAGUUAUUUAAAAAUUUGCUACUACAUGAUGUAGGGUUGGAUGAGAUGAUUUCAGCCCCACCUUCCGCCAAUUUUCAGGUGGCCGCUUUGGAACGCGUUGAGACAAUGAUUAAAAGUUUAGAGUUAGCAAACACUUGGAACUUAGCUGAAAACCGCACUCCUCUAGGCAAACGAAGUGUGGAACACACUCAUUCUGCGAAGGUCCGAGAGCACAGCGACAGCCCAUUUAGAGGAACUGCGAAACCACAAAUUCAGUCAAUGCAGUCAGAAUUGGAAACUAUGGAGGUGGGACACCUACGGCAUUAUGAUUCUCGUAAUGACGAUGGAUACGUGUGUUACUUUUGCCACCACGGGUUUACCACAGUGGUCGACCUCCACGCCCAUUUCCUCACACAGGAACAUAUUUGUUUGGAAGUUCCGAUCCGUAAAACACAUGCCGAGGAAAGCAAAGAUGUACAUCCGCAACCUCUCACUUCACAGGCGAACAAUAAUAACGUUGUUGAGCGAGAAACAUGCGUGCCAGCAUUUAUGAAAAUAGUUCAACCCACAAAUCGACAGGGAAAUACUGCUGUUGCGAAACCACCAAGCGUUUGCAGAAGAACGAUGCUUCCGCACUUGCGCUGCAUGUACUGUGGUGCCUCCCUACGUUACAACCGCCGAAGCGAGCAUUCAUGUUUUGAGGAGAUGAGCCAGUCACUGACGACGGAACUUCAACAUAUGGACGUGUACGGGAGCCCGUUUGUCUGUCUUCUUUGCCACGGUCGCGUGUUUGAUACGCCGUCAAGAUUGCAACUCCAUCUGGUCGCUUGUCAUGGAGCUGGGAGGGAUUUCAGCCACUGUGCACUUUGCGAAAUGGACUUGGAAUGUUCCCAUAUUCAAUCCCACCAGGCACCCAUUGCAUUGGCUACCGCAUAUGAUAGACAUUUAAAUGAGUGCCAUUUGCCCGACUUGCUGCUUGCCGAAAAACUUUUAUUCAUGUGUCCCACAGCAGUUUCUGAAACCGCUGCGCGGACCGCACCAACGGAUGAUGUACGUCGCCGCGGCUACAGAUGCGUCUUUCUUCAAGAUUUACCUGCUGGCUCCGGCCCUCCAUUUCCAUUUCCUCAUUGGGUUAGCAGAGAGAUUGGUGGUCCAUGGAAAACUCGGGCCACUUCGCCACAACCGCUCAAAAGCAACCGCACUGUGCAGCCGUAUUGGAGCUCGGGCACCUAUGCCUCGGCUUUGAUGCGUCCAAGCAAGACCAAAGGAUACAGAAGCUGUCUUGUUUCCCCUACUGUAAUCUCAGAGCUUACAGCAGAACAUUACUCUCACAUCCGAUCGGGCAAGUCCGGUAGCUCAUACCAACCGUGUUGUGGAGUACCAAGCAAUGGCUUGUUCGGCACCGCGCAACUUAUCGCUCAUGUGCUCUGUAAUCAUGCUGGAAAUCCGUACACAGUGCCAGGGUUCCGGGAGCUUGUUUUGGCAAAGCAUGUCGUCACCCAGUUUGAUAGCAAGAAAUGUCCACUUGACAAGAUGAGCCGUACAGUGGAUAAUUGGAUGGCAAUUGUUAGGAAGCAAGAAGAAGUACAGAUGGCCCAGAGUGCUGAAGAGAUUGAGCAGUUUGGCACUAAACAACGCUUAACUAAGUUGGGGAGUUUAGAAGGCGGAUCUACCCACCUUAAUGCAGAACCGAAGGUACGCCUUUUAAGCCUGUCAUAGGUCGAUAAACAUGUAGUAAGAUGCUGUUCAGCGUGCUGUGACUAGGUCAGGUUGUAAGCAAUCGCAAUUUGCUUUUGUCUUAUGUAUCAUUGACAACAGCGCUUCAAUCAUGGCAUUUGUUCAAUUAAUAUCAGUGAAUAAGAGUAUGUGUGCCGAUGAACAAGACUAUAAAGUAUUAUUACUUGCAUUAACACAUUUUACCGGGUCUCUUGCCCCUCUAACAGAGUUAAACAACGUUACAGUCGCAUCAUAUUGUCGUGCUGCGCGGCUAUAAAUUAGUAUCGUGCCAUAACUGUAAAAAUCCGUUCAACUGACCCAGCUGCGAUUAGUAUAAGAAAUAUCAUACUUCACAGAGUAUGUGAACAAAAUCCCGACCUCUACACGCAUUUGAAGAAAUGACGGAAUUCACUAUUCACGGGACUUACGUUUGGCUAAAAUUCCGAAGUGUGUCUGAUGCACAAUAUCUUCGAGACCACUGUCCUCUAGUGCUUAUGGAAAUGGUUGCUAGUUAUGUACAUCUAGUUGUCAGCAUCCGUCUUCGGAUUUGCCAGCCACACGACACCUGCGCCUACAGAGCGAUCAUAGGUGGCUUGCGCUGCACCACCCACAGCUCCAACCACACACCCCAUAUCCAGUGUAAACCCGAAGGAAUAAGACCGGGAUUCAUGUGGAUGGAAGACACGUUUCAACAACGGAGCCAGCCCACACUCCUUCACAGACAAACACAAGCACGCUUUAUUUGGGGCAUAAACGUACACAAGUCGGUGGCUGGAACGUAGUCCGCUCCACACUGAGUGCAUGGAACCACUCUUUGAUCCUAACACGGCCACAAGAAACGUGCACCCCGUCCCCUCCAGCAACGACCACCUAUUUCCUAGAGACAGUAUGGACGAGGUAGUGGGUAAUAGACAGGUAGGCACCUUUUCAACAAGCACAUCAAGCGCACCAACGCCGGGGAUGUUAAGCAACAAUCAAUCACAUGAAGUGAAAUGUUGAAUAAAAUAGAUCGGAUACACAGUAUAGAUAUUCCGCAAAAGUAGCGUAUGUACUAAAUGGAUUAUCAAAAUAGCCGUGAUAGAUUCAGGAUGGCAGAAAGGAGAUCAGGGCAAUAAUGUAAGAAUGGGAAAAAAGCAAGUGAAGUUUAAACGAAAUGUUCGAAUUAAUAUAUUAUUCGGGUACAGAUUAAAAUUAGGUAACAC